UCGCUGGUUGAUGACGUAACGGUUGCCGUAGAAACCAAAGAGGCUCUUGUCGCGUGCUGUGUUUUUCUUUUUUUAGAAACAUGCACAUUCAAGAUAAGUUUAAGAUAGCGGUCAAGACAGCAGAAUAAAGCGUUUUUCUUCGAGUUAAAACGACUUUAAUCGCCAUUUUCUGGCUAAUUCAACCAUUUAUCCGAGGCCAAAAGCGCGAUGGGAGACGAAAUAAACCCAGAAUACAGAGAUUUAGUGGAAGAUACGCGAGAACAAUCUGACAAGAAGAUCCUCGGCGUGCUCUUAAAAUUAAAAGAUCUUCUAAACAGGACGUCUUUAGGCGAUCAGAGGGAUCUGGAGGAAUGUAAACGGAGUCUGUACUCUUAUGGUGUGUUGCAUUAUUGCUCAUCUUCUUUAAGAUUCAGUCCAGCCAAGAUUCAAGGGGGAUACGCGGUUCUGACGCAAAUGGCCGACCUCCUCAGCUCGUGUUGUGUUGGUCUGGGAUCUUUCAGAGGCAUGGAGAUGUUCAGUCAUGAAUUUCUGCCCUCAGUGGUUGAAAAUCUUUUAUUUCUUGCAGACCGUGUAAUGAAUAGAGCACUGCAGGACAAGGCACAAAAUGAGAUGAUUCGUUUGUUUAGAAAAGUCUUUGAUUCCAUUGGCUGGCUGCUCAGGGGUCAUAGACAUCUCAGUCAUCAUGUAUUGCGGUCUAAACAUUAUGAGAGAGUUCAGAUGUGUGAAGACGAUGACAUCUCAGUUGUUACUGUUACGAUGUGGAACGAAAUCUUCAGGGCAGACAGGGCUGUUAUAGAUGAGAUGGGAAUCAGGGCUCUGACUGGCAUCUUGGAUGAUAUUGUGUAUAAAAUGUCCAGUAGCUCAAAUCCUGUAAUUGGCCGGGCUGCUGUAAAGACUCUCGUUCAAAUUAUGGACCACAGCAUGGCGACCCGUCAGCUCGUUCACAGACGAUACAGAGGCUUGGGUGAUUUGGCUGUGAAAGACUGGCGGGGGAAAGGCUUUGACGCAGCACUGGAUCAACUGAUCGACCGACUGCAGUCAGGUGCUUCGUGGAGAGACACUGAGGAGUCAUCUGAGGAGAUGGUGGGAGCUGCAUGUGUAAUUCAGGCGGCUUGGAGAGCUCAUCAGACCAGAAAGAGACUGAAAAAACUUCCUCGAGCUGUCAGCACAAUACAGCGCAGCUUCAGGGAAAAGCGCAAACGAAAACAGGAAGAUGUUGAGAGACAGCGUGCACAGGAGGAAUUACGUCAUGAAGUGUGUCUGAGAAGACAGAGAGCCAUGAGACAGUUCCGCCAACGGCAGCUUCAUCUCAUGGAGAUAUUACCAGCCGCCCAAGUGGAAAGAUACCUGGGGGAGCUGGAGAACCAGGCGGCUGUGCUGAUUCAGAGAGUUUGGAGAGGACACAGAGAAAGAAGACAUUUCCAACAAUACAAAUUCAGUCUCGUACAGCACAAAGCUGCUGUCACUCUUCAGAGAGCUAUUCUGUGCUUUCUGAAACGUCGUAAAGCACAAAGAAACGCUCUCUCGCCGAUUAAAGGACCCAAAGGCCUGACGGACAGCAGAAGGGCAGAGCUUAGGCGACAGAUAGAGGAGCACAUCUCUCUACAUCCUUCAUCUGUGAUGUCAGCAGAGGGCAGCAUGGAGCUUAAUCACAGAGCUCAGUCUCUUCUUCAUCAGCACCUGCUCAACAGAGCCUCUGAUCGGGCACAGGAACAGCACAGACAAGCUCUGCUCGCACAGAUCAACACAGACAUGGAGCUCUUACUGAGUGCUCCGUCCCUGAAGGAUGCCGGAGAAGAGGAUGCAAGCCUGUUCCUAAGCCGUUCCCGCCCUGUGGCCACACGCGCCCGCCAAUCCCAUAACGCAUUGAUCCAGAGUAUGCGUCUCCCCUGGUGGAAGAUACUGGGAAGUGAGCUCUCCAGCACAGAGGAGCCUCUUGGGAAAGACUAUGAUAUAAACAUCGAGUCACUGUACUUGGGUGGCAUUUAAAGGACGGUAAAUAGUCAAAAAAUGUUUAAAGCAAUUUAUUUGAAAUAUAUCCCUCAUGUUUGUACAUUUGAAUUGCAAAGUAAACACUUACUCCAAGCAUGGAGCUUACAA